UUUGCUUCCCACUCCCCGCCUCCCCCGCCACACUCAACCACCUUUUUUGUUUUCACCGCUGUAAUUUUAUGCCUCUGCUAUGUUCGGAGUGUUGAACACCGAUAAUCACUGUGCAGCCGUACAACGAGGAAACAUCCUCACCUUUGGAAGAACCUCUUCUGAACUUUGGACGAACAAUCCUACCUCAAAUUAUCGGUGUGAAACUGGAGGAAACGGUACGGACAGGGGCCAGACCCGCAUCAGACGACCCAUGAACGCAUUCAUGGUGUGGUCGCGUGAUCAAAGGCGCAAGGUGGCUCUAGAGAAUCCCCAAAUGCAAAACUCAGAGAUCAGCAAGCAGCUGGGGUACCAGUGGAAAAUGCUUACAGAAGCCGAAAAACGGCCAUUCUUCGAGGAGGCACAGAGAAUACAGGCCAUGCACCGAGAGAAAUACCCAGACUAUAAAUAUCGACCUCGUCGGAAGACCGUGCCACAGAACAGUGAUAAAUUGCUACCUGCAGCCUCCUCCUCCAUGCUGUGCAGGCAGGGGUACGUGGAUGAGAGGUGGUACCCCUUCACGUGCAGGGGCGGCCGUACUAGGGCUGCACACUCAGGAACAGAGGACCGGUUAAACUCCUCACAAGCCCGGAACGUAGUCUGCUCCGUGCUGCAACAGGAGCACCACUGCAGCUCCACAAGCCUCCGUCACAGUUCAGAAACGUUGGCUACACAGCUGUCCACAGACUUUUACCCUAAGUAACAGCCAGGACUUUCUGGUGCUUAUUUUCCAUAGUGAUUUCCUUACUCUGGCUAACAAAGGCCCUAUUCAUAUUAAUUUUGCUAUUAUUUCAUGUGCCACUUAAUUUCAAAAUAAAGCGUGUAAACUUGCUUAGUAUAUAAAGAAUUACAGGACGUUUUGAGUAGAUUCAGUCUGGGUUUAUGGCCGCUUACCUUGACAAGAGAGCACCUUAACAAUACUGAAACUGCUUGAGUUUCAAGACCCCCUGUCUUUCUUCUAACAGGACAACCCUCAUGUCUAAUUUUAGUUGUUCCACAGAUCGGCUUCUAAAUAAACUG